UUAUGUUAUUUUUUACGCAAAAUUUGAUACAAAUUCUUUGAUCCAUUUUUUUUCAGAAACGAAAAUCGCCGAGCUCAUAAAAACACGUGUAACCUUAGCGGCUGCCACAGACAAAGUAAACAAUGAGUACAGUUCAACAUUUUAGCAUACUUUAGGGGCAUGUAUACCAACAUAAACGAAAAAAAAAUUUGACUGUCGGACUCUCCAAACCCGCGAAAUUUAAAAAUUCCCGUUACUUUUUAAACACACCUCGUACUCGCAGUUCAUGAUUAACGUAACGUCAGGCUUACGAUUGAUCCCGGCCGCUUACGAUUGCAUUUGACAUAAGGUUAAGUAAUUUGACAUGAGGUUAAAUAAUUUGAGACCUGCCACUUAAAUUCACUGGGCAAGAAGAUACUGACGAAAUCUCAGAUCUGGCUGCAGUGCAACAAGUGUAAAUACACCACGUAUCAUGAUUCCUUCAUGAUGCAUUGCAUGAAAGAUCAUAACAAGGAAAGGGCAGCUAACGAGCACAUCUUUGAGAGCCAGCAGGAAAGUGAAAGACACAGUUACAACAAAGUGAAUGACUUGGAGAGCAAGGAGAAUGAAACAGGUUGAGUAGCGCUAAAUUUAAGAGAAAUUGUUCUGAUGCAUUCUUGCUAUCUGUUACAAUUUUUAUAAUUAGUGACACUGUUGAUACGUUACAGAUAAUUCUGACAUUGGUCAAGGAUGAUAAAGCGUUGGAGGUAACUUUUGGAGCCGAUUCAGUCAGUUUUUCUUCAGUCAGUUAUUACUCAAUCUACCCUUGUAGGAUUUAUUAAAUUGUAAUCAUCUAUAUGCUUUCGUUACAUUACCAGCGAAUAGAACAAAUGUACGUUCUGCAGCCAAUUGACACGGCUGAUAUUAAAAACUUGAGAAAGAUGAUAAGAUUGGACUUGGAUCCUGAGCAGAAAAUGGAAAUGAAGAGCGAAAAUAGAAAAUGGAUAACCUUGAAAGAGGAUGGAAGUCUAGAACUGGUAGAGAUGCCUUGGAACGAGAUAGAAGGGUCGAAUAUUGACACAACGAUGGUGUUUGAUUAACUGGGCAAAAAUCAAAGACAUUUUAGUAUUACAUUUGGUUCCUUUAACUCGAGACGUUACUAAUUUCAGACAUUACGCCAUACAUAUAUCAAGAUACUAAUUACUAUCAAGAAAAAUGAUUUUACCUAACAAUAUUGGUGACUGUGUGGAAUUCAUUCUGAUGCUAUUAGAAAUAUGGAUUUUUUUCUUCGGCAAUAAAUAUACCGGUAAAGUAAUUUAUAUUAAAGAAAUAAUGCUUUAUUUAUUAUUCUCUUAAUUGUAUAAGUUUCAAAAAUGGCAAGUUUUAUGCCUAUUAUAUUUUUUAACAAUAAAUAAAUUUAUAAGAAAUGACAUAAUGUGAUAAAAAAUAUUAUAAUAUUAAAAUUUACUACAAUUUUUAAUAAGAAUACCAUAUCGAAGAUUAUAAAAUUAAUAUUGUAAAACAUUAUGAAAUGCAUGAAAUGUUAAAAGGUAUGAAUAAAUAUAUAUAGACUGAAUUACAUAACUCUUUUCUCUUAGUUUUAUUUAUAAACUUGUAAUUUAAUUAUAUAGUAAUUAAAUUAUUUUCUCUAUAUCAUCUUUAUUUAACGAUUAAUAAAUUAAGAAAUUUAUUGUAAAGUUAUUUUUUAUUUAUAAAUAAUUUAGCUUUAUUUAGAAUCAACACAUAAAUUUAUUAUAACAAAUUUGACUUCCGUUUCCGGUAGCGAGAGUGAUAGUCGUGUGUUUGUAAGGGUGUUUGGUGAGAUUGUGUUUUUGAGAAGAAGAAGGGCAGAAUUGGAGUGUGAGGGGGUGAGGGGACGGAGAAGUAGCAGGUGGAGUUGGGAGAAUAAGGGAUAGGACAGGGGUAAGGGAAUAGGGAGACAGGAGUGAUAGUAGGGUUGGGACGGGAUUUGGAGGUUAGACGGGAUAGUAGGUAUAGAGAAAAGAGAGGAAGCAGAAAAGAGGGAGGGUAGCGACAUCGGGCGGUAGAAGUGAGAAGCAUAGCAGGAGAGAGUUAGUGCAGUUGCGGGAAAUUUUGAAUUGGAGUAAUCUACUGAGUAUCCAAUAUAAUAUCUUAACAUAUAAUUUGGUAUUUUUACAUUUCCUAAACUUAAUUGAUUUGUUUUCUUAGAUUAAAAGUGAUAAUCUUAAAUAUAAAAAGAGUCAUUCUAGUAAAUAUUUUAAAUAGGAAAAUUGGCAGGUUAGAAGAAAGACGAGAUGGAGGAAAGAAAGAAGGGAGGGAAAGAGAGGGAAAAGGAAGUAGAGGGGAACGGAGAGGAAAAGAGAAGAGUAGGAAGGCCGAGCAAGGCAGAAAGCCUUUCCCCUUAUGAGGGAAAGAUCAAAUAGUGCGCCACUGCUAGAAUUGUUGAAGAGAGGAGAGAAAAGGAAGGGUGAACAGGGGGAGGAGACUAGAGUAGAGGAGGGAGAAAUCUUUAAGAGGAGCAAUAUGGUAAAGAGAUCGCCGGUAAGACAAGAAGAAGGAGGGCUAAAGGAGAUAUUACGGGAGGUGAGGGAAGGUUUUAAAGAAAUGAAAAGUGAAUUGAGAGAAUUGAGGGACAGUAGAGAGGAGAUGAGGGAAUGGAUGGAGGAAAUGAGGAAAAGAGUAGACAAUUUGGAGAGAAGAGUGGAGGGUAUAGAGAAAGGUAGGGGAAGGGCGGAGAAGGUGACGGGAGGAAGGGAGAAGGAUAAAGGAGAAGAGAUAGAGCAGAUGCAGAUAAGAGGAAAGAGUGAAACGAAGGAACUAGAAGAAAGGAUGAGGAGACUAGAAUUAGAAAGGGAAAGGGGGGAAAGGGAGAAGAGGAAAAGGAAUAUAAUUAUAAAGGGGGUAAGAGUAAAGGAGGAGGGAAAGGAGGAAUUAAAAAGAGAGAUUGAAAAGAUAGUAGAGGCAACGGGGGUGGUAGCGAGAGUGGAAGGGGUGAGGAGGAUAGGGAAUAAAGAUAAAGAUAAAGAUAAGGUGGGAGGGAUCAUGGUAUGGGUGAGAUUAGCGAGUGUGAGGGAGAAAAUUGAUGUGAUGAAGGGAAAGAUGAAGCUGAGGGAUAGGAAGGAGUGGAUCGUGGACGACUCGACGGAAAAAGAGAGAAGGGUAGAGUGGUGGAUAAAGAGGGAAGCAGAAAGGAAUAGAAGAAAAGGAAAGAAGGUAAGAGUAGGAUAUAUGAAAAUGUGGAUCGAGGAUAAAUUGUGGAUAUGGGAUGAGAUCAAAGAUCAAUUAAGGGAAUGGAGGGGAAGAGAUGUAAGAGUGGAGGAGAGAGGGGGAAAGGAGGAGAAAGGGAAAGAGGUUUUUUAAUAGAGGGGGGUGAGGUGGGAGAGAGGGAGAAGGAUGGGAAUGAGGGAAAUGGAAAAUAUGAUAGAAAGAGGAAUAGAAAAAGGAGGGACAGUAAAGAAUAUAAAAUAGGAUUUUGGAAUGUAGCAGGCAUGGAAAAUAAAGAGGAGGACUUUAGGGAGAAAUUGAAGAAAUGUGAUGUGAUGUUUUUGAGUGAGACAUGGUUACAGAAGAAAGGAUGGGAGAGGGUGAAAAGAUGGUUACCGAAGGGAUACAUUUGGGAGGUGCAAGAAAUGGGAAGAAAGAGCAAAAAAGGGAGGGCAAUAGGGGGGGAUGAUUGUAGGGAUUAGGGAAGGGAUAGAAAAAGGAAAAGAGAAUAGGAAAAGGAGAGAGAUGGGUUUACAAGUGAGUAAAGUUAAAUUAGGCGGAGAAUGGUGGAAACUAGUGGGUGUAUACGUGAAUGGGGAUUUAGAGGAAAAAACGAGACAAUUAAGAGAGUGGAUGGAGGAGAGAGAGGAGGGGGAAAGUAUAUUAAUAGGGGGGGAUUUUAAUGCGAGAACGGGCAGAGAGGGGGGAGGUAUAGGAGAGGAGGAAGAGGGAGGGGUAGGGGAAAGAGAGAGAAAUUCAAAAGAUGGGAAGAUGAAUGGAGAGGGAAAGAAAUUGUGUGGUUUUUUAAAGGAAUUAGGAUGGUCAAUUCUGAACGGAUGUAUAAAGGGAGAUGAGGAGGGAGAAUGGACAUAUACUGGAGGGAAGGGGGGACUGUAAUUGACUAUGUAAUCGGAAAUGAGGAUACGAGAGGUAAAGUGGUAAAGAUGAAGGUGGAGGACUGGGUGGACUCGGAUCAUCAGCCAUUAACGGUGUACGUGAAGGGGGGAGGAAGGGGGGAAGAAAGGAUUGGGAAAAGAAAAGGAAGAGAAAGAAGAGGGGUGUGGACGGAAGAGGGAAGGAAGAAAUUUGAGGAAUACAUGGGCAAGAGGGAUAAUGUUUCGGAGGUGAUUGAGGAGGAUUGGAGGAAAUUGAAAAAGAGAGUGGAAGGAGCAUUGGAAAGAGUAGAGAGAGAAGAGAAAAAGGUGCGGAGAGGAUGGUGGGAUAUAGAAUGUAGGAAUAUGAAAAGAGAAGUAAGGGAAGAGUUUAAAAAGUGGAAGAAAAAAGGAGGGAAUGGGGAGAAAUAUAAAGAGAUGAGGAAGGGAUACAGAGAACAUUGUAAGGAAAGGAAAAGAAGGGAAAGAGAAAGAUGGGAGAAAGAAUUGGAAGGUGUAAGAACGGAAGGAGAUGUUUGGAGGGUAGUAAAUAGGGGGAGGAGAAAGAGAGAGAGUCACGGAAGGGAUCGAAAUGAGGGAAUGGGAGGGACACUUUAGAAAGGUGUUGGGGGGGAGUAGAGUGGAGGGUGAGAGGGGAGGUGAGGGGAAGAGAAGGAGUGGAAGAUGAUAUCAGUAGGGAAGAAAUAGCAAGGGCGGUAAAUAAACUGAAGGAGGGAAAAGUGGCGGGAGGGGAUGGUAUCGUAAAUGAAGUAUGGAAAUAUGGGGGAAAAGAAGUAAAGGAAUGGCUGUGGGAAAUAUGUGACAGUGUGGAGAGGAGAGGGGCAGCCGGAGGAGUGGAGGGAGGGGGUGGUAGUGCCGAUAGUGAAAAUGGGGGAAGUGGAGAGGGUUGAAGAAUAUAGAGGGAUCACGCUAACGCAGACGGCAUACAAGGUGUACACAGCGGUACUUGCGGAGAGAUUGAGGGAGGAGGUGGAGUGGAAGGGGAUACUCCCACCGAGUCAAACGGGGUUUAGGAGAGGGGUAGGCACAAUUGAUCAGAUUUACGUGCUGAAUUGUAUGAUAAACAAGAGGGUGGCAGUAAGAAAAGGCAAGAUGGUAGUGCUAUAUAUAGACCUGAAAGCUGCGUUUGACUCGGUGGAUAGGGAAAUCCUCAUACAGAUGAUGAGGGACAGGGGAGUUAGAGAAAGCUUGGUCGUGAGGUGCGAGAAGGUACUGGAGGAGAUCCUAAGUAGAGUUAGGGUGGGGGAAAAGCUAGGGGAAAACUUUUGGACGGGGAAAGGGGUGAGACAGAGGUGCCCUCUGAGCCCAUGCUUAUUCACGAUAUUGCUGGCGGAUUUGGAUGAGGAGUUAGAGAGGGAGGGAUGGGGAGGAGUGAGGGUAAAGGGAAGGAAAAUAUACUCGCUAGCGUAUGCAGAUGAUGUGGCAGUGGUUGCAGAGGAGGAGACAGGGAUGAAAGGGAUGAUUAAGGCAUUAGAAAGCUACAUAGAACGGAAGGGACUAGAGGUCAAUGUGGAAAAGACGAAAAUAAUGAGGUGUAGAAGGGGAGGCGGAAGACAGAAAAAGAUGGUG